GUGGAGGAGGGAGAAGGACAGGGCGCACCUCGAAAUGGCUCAGAUGCAGGAUGAGCAGAGGGGCGGCGCGCCCUUGGUGGCGGAAGGGAAGUCGGAUGCAGAGGUUAAGCUUAUUCUGUACCACUGGACGCAUUCCUUCAGCUCCCAAAAGGUGCGCUUGGUAAUUGCUGAAAAGGCAUUGAAGUGCGAGGAACAUGAUGUAAGUCUGCCCCUGAGUGAGCACAAUGAGCCUUGGUUUAUGCGUUUGAACUCAACUGGAGAAGUGCCUGUCCUUAUCCACGGGGAAAACAUUAUUUGUGAGGCCACUCAGAUCAUUGAUUAUCUUGAACAGACUUUCCUGGAUGAAAAAACACCCAGGUUAAUGCCUGAUAAAGGAAGCAUGUAUUACCCACGAGUACAACAUUACCGAGAACUGCUCGACUCUCUGCCAAUGGAUGCCUAUACACAUGGCUGCAUUUUACAUCCUGAGCUAACUGUGGACUCCAUGAUCCCAGCUUAUGCAACAACAAGGAUUCGCAGCCAAAUUGGUAACACAGAGUCUGAACUGAAGAAACUUGCUGAAGAAAACCCAGAUUUACAGGAGGCAUACAUCGCGAAACAGAAACGACUUAAAUCAAAGCUGCUUGACCAUGACAAUGUCAAAUAUUUGAAGAAAAUUCUUGAUGAGUUGGAGAAAGUCUUGGAUCAGGUUGAAACUGAGUUGCAAAGAAGAAACGAAGAAACCCCAGAAGAAGGCCGCCAGCCUUGGCUCUGCGGAGAGUCCUUCACCCUGGCGGAUGUCUCGCUCGCUGUCACAUUGCAUCGACUGAAGUUCCUGGGGUUUGCAAGGAGAAACUGGGGAAAUGGAAAGCGACCCAACUUGGAAACAUACUAUGAGCGUGUCUUGAAGAGAAAAACAUUUAACAAGGUUUUAGGGCAUGUCAACAAUAUAUUAAUCUCUGCGGUGCUGCCGACAGCACUCCGGGUGGCCAAGAAAAGGGCCCCAAAAGUUCUUGGCACCACUCUUGUGGUUGGUGUGCUUGCAGGAAUGGGAUAUUUUGCUUUUAUGCUGUUCAGAAAGAGACUUGCAAGCAUGAUAUUAGCACUUAGACCCAGACCAAAUUAUUUCUAGGCUUGCCCAGUGGUGGCAACUCACCCUACCGUCUAACUUGAUCUUGUCUACUCUGCCAGGCACAGGGGAGAACAACCUUGGGCAACAAUAAAAAGCAUAUUUUACUUUAUUCUUUGGGUAGUUUAUGUGGGGAGAGGAGGCAAGGAAACGGUUUUGUGGGCUGUAAUGUUGAGGCUACUGUAUUUCCAAACUGAACUAAUGUAUCCUUAAAGCACAUGCAAGGUUAAGCUAUGUCGAUAUGAUAGAUUGAGAAUAGUCCUUGAACUCAAAAUACCAGUUCAAGUUCUGAAUAUUUUUUUUUGAGGGGGAGGUUAUUACUACAAGCAAAGAGUAAUAAUAACCUGAGUUUGCCCGCAGUUCUUUAUCUGAGUCUCUAGAUAUGCCGAGUGUUGAGUAGUUAACAGUAUUUCCCCCUGGAAUUCAGGUGUCAUCUUGUUACAUAGCACAGGUUCAGACAGCAGCAAGGCACAGCAGUGCUUCAUGCUAGCAUUGCCAGCUUCAGGUAGGAACAAGGGAGGCAAAGGGACAGAAAGAGUGAAUGAAGUAUAUACUGUAUAGUGCAGAGCAGCAGAGUACAACUUCCAGGAGCCUCCAGAACCACUCAGGGCUGCCUGGCCCCUUAAUAAAUAUUACCGUGGUGACCUGUACCCACUGCCCACACAUCCUCCUGUAGUUGAGAACCUUGGGAAAACCAGACUAAGGAGUUACUGGGCAGAGUAGACUGGAGAAAACCCCAGGCUUUAUAUUUAGGUUUGACUUUAGUGUUAACUUUAAAUGCAUAUGAAUCACAUGCAUUGAUUUAACAAGGCGAACUGCUUAUAUACUCGGGUGAGAGAUGCCCACUGGAGCAUGUCUGCCUAGCAUUUACAUGAAAAUUUAAAGUGAUAUGAAAAUUGUUCCUUUCUUUUUAUGCUUCCCCAAUUUGAUGGUGCCUAUGGACUGCUGUGUCCAGCCACGGGGACUUGGUCUAUACAGCCCCCUUUAUGCAUACAAGUGGAAUUUGGUGAAUGUCCAGCUAAUCACUAGCAUGGCAUGUGGCUGAGCUUUGAUGAUCUCGGAGUACUAAAUGUGCUCAUUCUGCAUUUGGGAGGCUGUUAACCCAAAAAAUGUUGUCUAGGACUUGCAUCUGUUUAUGAUCAUCAACAAAGCUUUAGAAGGUUACAGAACAAGGUCUAGUCUUAGUCCUUGGCAGCUAAUUUAGGGGAGAUGAAAUAAACGAUUAGAUAGCGAUGACCACCAAUAUCCAUUGAUACAUGUCUAGGCAUUUUAGGGGGUGCCUCAGUCCAUGUGGAAGGGACAACCCCAGUGCAUCCCAUGAACAACCAUGGAGAUGCAUCAUAUAGUUUGGUUCCAGAAAAAAUCUCUCAUGGUGACAGGAAAACAGAGUUUUUUCUAGAGCUGGGCAGAAAGGCCUUAGGAGCGAUUUCCAGUCUUUGGCAGAAAAUAGGAACAGAGAAUAAGGAACUAAGUUUCCAGAGAACAACAAGCUUGCCUGGAUUGCCUCAGAUUCGCUGUGCAAAAUAGCCAAAAACUGGACUGAAUUUUCCAUAAUUCCAUUUCAUGAUACAGUUUUUUUCAGAAAAGUUUGAUGAACUGGAUGUUUUCUGUUUAUAAAAAAUUAAUAACAUUUCCAGUAUAAACUCAAUCCAACAAUCAUUAAUAGACUGGAAACUUUUAUAAUGUCUUAAUUUUACACCUCAUUGCACUGUUACAUAGAGUGAAAUUUGUUGCUGGAACAUUCCAAUCCAUGUGUCCAUAAAAGACCCACAAAACUAAUUAGUUUUCACUCAAUAGUUCAUAGUGUUAUUUGUUACCCUGUUAGAAGCAGGAAUUGAGACAUGAAGAAAUCAAAACUGGAUAUUUAUAAAAACCUACAAAGGAUAUUUACCUAGAUAAGGGUUGUUCAUUAAGAAUAAAGAUUAGAAGCCCGUGCUGGCUUUUCCUGAAAUUUGAAUCAUUGCUGAAUUAGAGAAAAAUCUACUAGGAAGUGUCUAUAAUUCUCUGGUACAAUUUCACUGGAAAUAUUCCUUUGUCAAUAUUAAAGAUGAUGCAUCGUGGCCAUUUCACUUGUUUUAUGGCUACCCUGGGGAUUAUAUUGUAUUUUUAAAAUGUUUGUUGGGAUAUUAUGACCACUAGAUGUCGCUGUUCACCCAGUAGUCUGAGUUUGGGCGUUCUUAGGUUCAACAAGUCUUCUGAAAUGUUUCAACUGAAGAUAAACAUUAAUGACCUCAAUUUUGAAAUGAGGGCAUCCUCACCAAAUCAUUCAUCUGCAGACAAGCUUGCGGCACAUGUAGUAUUGAUUUCUAAUGCUUUGGAAGGGAUAACAGUAUCACACAAUGUCAAGCUAAAGAGCUGAUCAUAUAGUAUUAGCAAAAUGGGCACUUUUAUAUUUUUGUUGGUUACUGGCUGAUGUGUUCCUCAGUUUCCCAAAUUUGUAUAACUAUCACAAUUAGAACACUGCCCGAGGUACUAAAUUUAUGGUGGCUAUUUGUGUCUUAAUGCAUAGAUACUAAUUUAUUGUCAUUGCAAUUAUAUGCCUUUGGAAUCCAUUUUCCUUAAUUACGGAUAGUUGUAAAUUGCUUGCUUGAUUUUUAGUAGUUAGUGAUAUUGCCACCAGAGUUGUAGAUUUUUAGUGUUGUUGACUGUAGUAGAGAGAACAAGAUACUAUUCUGCCUGUGAGAUCUAUAAAAGUA